AUGUGCUUGGAUUUUGGUUUGAUUUUCAUAGAGCACGCGACCAGUUCGUCGACCACGAUGACUCGUCGUGGUCGUCGUCAUGAUUAUGGCUACCCGUUCUCGCCGAAACCAACCUUAGGGUCGCCCCGAUUUCCCUUGGUUCAAUUUCCCUGGGGUUGUGGGGCCCGAAGUCCUUGCACAAUGAAAUGGCAAGCUGGAUUGGAUGAAACAACGAAAGCGUGGAGAAGGCUUUUCCAAAUUCAAGAGGUUGUGUAUAAGGAGCUUGUAGUCGAGCUUUUAGCAUCAGCCUCGUUCAGGAGGAAAAUUGGUACACUAGAAGAAGCAAAUCUUACUUUUGGCCUUGGAGGGGAAAGGCACGAGCUUAGCCUCGCUGACUUCAUGAUUAAGACGAAAAUUUAUCUCCCGUCCGAGCCAUUGCAAAUGGCACAUACCAAAAGGGAACAACCCAAGAAAGCGAUAUCCGGUCCCCUCUACAUGGCCUAUUGCAUCGGUCAAUCAUGA